CGGGGGCGGACACUGCGCAUGCGCGCUCAUGUAGUCAUCCUGAAAGAUGGCGGCGCAAACAGACAGAGGCAUUCCUCUGAGUGCGCUUUGUCCAAAGUUUCUGCACACAAACUCCACCAGCCACACAUGGCCCUUCAGCGCUGUUGCUGAACUAAUCGACAACGCUUACGAUCCAGAUGUGAAAGCCAGGCAGUUCUGGAUUGAUAAAACGAAGGUUAAAGGUCAUGACUGCCUCACAUUUAUGGAUAAUGGAGCUGGUAUUGAUUAUGAUAAGAUGCACAAAAUGCUCAGUUUUGGUUUCAGUGAUAAGCAGACGAUAAAUGGCCAUGUCCCUGUUGGUCUGUACGGUAAUGGUUUUAAGUCGGGCUCCAUGCGUUUGGGGAAGGAUGCUAUCGUGUUCUCUAAGAAAGGAGACAGCAUGUGUGUGGGGAUGCUGUCUCAGACCUACCUGCAGAACACGGGAGCGGAGAACGUUGUUGUUCCUAUCGUCACGUUCAGACCUGCUGGGAGUGGAAAUAUCCUUAUUAACAGAGGGAACUCCAUCAUCCCAAUGGCGGGACAUGAGGCCAGUCUACAGGACAUCUUGCAGCACUCUUUGUUUCAGACCAUGGAGGAACUUAUUUCUGAGCUUAAGGCCAUCAACAGUCCGCCCUCCACCAACACUUCAGGAACCCGUAUCAUCAUCUGGAACCUCCGCAAAACAUCAGAUGGAAAAUUAGAGUUUGAUUUUGAAAGCGAUCGCUAUGAUAUUCGGAUACCAGCUGAAGUGUACGAGAACACCAAGGAUCAAAUCAAGCGGCUGGACUUCAGCGGGCAGUUGGUGCCUGACAGCGUCUGCUCACUGCGGGCUUACUGCAGUAUUCUGUACUUGAAGCCCAGAAUGCUGAUCGUCAUUCGAGGACAGAAGGUUAAGACUCAGCUGGUCUCUAAAACUCUGGCACAUCGACUCAAAGACACAUACAAACCCUUAUUCCUCCCAAGACCCCUUAAAAUCACCUUCGGCUACAACACCAAGAGCAAAGAGCAUUACGGGCUCAUGAUGUACCAUAAAAACCGGCUCAUCAAAGCCUACGAGCGUGUUGGCUGCCAGCUGAAGGCCAACCGCACCGGUGUGGGAAUCAUUGGGGUGAUAGAGUGUGAUUUCCUCCAGCCAACUCACAAUAAACAAGACUUUGACGCCACAGAUGAGUACAGGAAAACCUUAUACAAUGUCGGUAUCAAGCUCGAAGAUUAUUGGAAGGAAGUUCAUCACAGACUCAGAAGCACCGUCCCUGUCGAAGAUAUUCAGAAGCGACCAGAUCAGAACUGGGUGCAGUGCAACAGCUGUCUGAAGUGGCGGAAACUUCCGGAUGGCAUUGAUACUGAUAAACUUCCUGAAUCCUGGUUCUGCCACAUGAACUACGAUCCUCAGUUCAGGAGCUGUACAGUUGAGCAGGAGCAGGAGGAUUCUGACGAUGAACAAACCAGAUAUCAGAAUACUUACAAACAGCAUGAGAAAAAAAAGAAGUUGCAGGAGGAUCGAUAUAGACAGCAGGUGGAGCAGCAGAAGAAGAAAGCAGAGCAGGAGAAGAAGAAGGAAGAGGAGCAGAGGAUGGCAGCGCUACAGAGGAAGAAUGUUGAACUGUUACAGAAACAGCAGGACCUGGAGCGCCAGCUGAGACGCAGUGCUCCUUCCACACCCAGAACACCCGCACAAUCUACUCCUAACUCCUCCCUCACUGCUAGUCCUCUCACACGUGCAGGUUCCAGACCAUCUGAUAUCAUGCCAGUCAUCUCUGAGGUCAUUUCUCUCUCCACUGCGACUCCCUCAAGGAUUAAGAGAGGAUUGGAGAUGGGGAGAGGGCGUGGUGAGGCGAAAAAAGCAAGAACGAUAAACAAUCUCUUCAACAACAUGCCGGACAGCCCCUCCACGUCCACCGCCUCUCCAAAGUCCUGUUCCUCACCGGUCAUGAUCAUACAUGAUGGUGAAGAAGCAGCACAGGAAAACGAUGAUGUUUGCGAUGAUAUUGAGAAUGAUGACGAUGAUGACGACGAUGAUAACAAUGAUGAUGACAUCAUGAUUGUUGAAAGUAGCAGCACACCAAGGCCUAAACCUGCGACCUUGGACCUUUCAAAGGUGAAAACAGAACGCAGGCUCAGUGAGGACCAGCCAGAACUGCGUAUGGAGUGUAACGAUGAUGCUGCUAUAGACAACUCUACAACCACGGAGGCUACAGAUCUGGCUAAUUCCUCUCCACCUGAUAAAGUCAGUAUCACGACCCAAACUGAAAGAGAACAAGCUGUAAAAAAGGAGGAGGAGAAUUCAGGAGAGCAGAGAGAGCAGAACGACAAAAAAGAUAGAGGAAGCACUAAACAAGGCGCUGCUCCUGCAGAAAGGAGGACGAAUGAGGGACAGGAAGCGUCAGGAUCUAUACAGGAGCCACCAGGUGACCAAGUAAGGAGAGUAACAAGGCUGGAGAACGGAAAUGGAGAAGCAAACCAGGUGAAGUCUGAAGGUGACCCACCUCUAGACUCUCUCAGUUCAGAAUCUCAGAAUCUCUCAGUGCUUGAGGCUCAGGAGCAGCAGGAUAACCUGCUGGAGCUGCUGGAGGUGGCCUCCAGGGAGCGGGACGAGAGUCGGGCCCAGGCCCAGCUCCUGACUUCCCAGGUAGAAGAGCUCCAGAGCAGCCUGCACGAGCUCACGGAGAAGAUGCUGAAGAAGGAGCAGUGCCAGCAGAGCACACAGACCGAUGCUAAACAGGAAGAGGAAAAGGAAGGGGAAGGGGAAGACAAGCAGGACUACAAGGCCCUGUACCUGCAGGCCACAGAGAAUACACAGCAGCUGCAGUGCAAACUGGACAAUAUGAAGAAAGAAGCUGUGGAAAAGGAGGUUCAAGCCGACGUGGAGAACAGCAGCAGCAGCGUAAACCAGACGAGCAGAGACGUCUCAGCAGGUGUGAGUACCUUUGACGGACUAGAUGAUGACCUUGCUUGUCAGAUAGAUCAUCUGAUGAGGGAACUGGAUGAGAAAAACAAGGCACAAGAAGAUCUAAAGAACAAGCUGGAUGAUCUAGAGCAUCAAAAAAGUACUCUGUCAACCUACUGCGAAAACCUGCGGAAGGAUUUAGAGGAAAUAAGGAGCCAAAGUGAAGAAGUAAAGGUAAACCAGGAAGAGCGAGAGACUCAGACUGAAGCAGCAGCAGCAGCAGGACCAUCCAAUCAGGAAAGCAUCUCUGCUUCUGGGUCAAAUCAGACUGAAAGACAAAUCUCAGGAGGAGAAGACAACGCUAAAAGCAGCGUCAGGUUAAGAGAACUCAGACAAAAAGUGGGCCGUCUUCUGGUCACCUUUGUUCCCGCUCUGGACCUCGAGCAGGUGAACUACGAUUGUGACGUCAUUGAUGAGAUUCUGAAUCAAGUUGUUGAGGAGAUCUUCGGUGCCAAUGCAGCUUCAUAAAGCACGAGGGUUUCAGGCAGAGCAGAACUUAAACUUGGUUUCGUUAAUCAGAUGGUACUACAGGUUCUUAUGAUGCCACAUUUUUACAUGAUGUUCACUUAUGUUGGUUUUUCUUCAAGAUUUUACUGAAUAUUCAGGUUUUAUUAGGAAACUGUGGCGUUAUGGAUUGGAAACGCCAUAACCGAGCAGAGGACAUACAGAGAAAUGCCCUGAGUUGGAUAAGUUAAAGAUAAUGUUUUACUGCACGUAAAAAAAAAAAAAAAAAACGUUGCUCUAUUGAAAGCCCAUUCCCUCCACCAAAAACCACCAUUUUUCUUACUAUGCUAAUUAUUUUGAGAUAGCAAGUCACUACUUUGAGAUACUCUCAAUAGUAAGUCAUUAUUUUAAGAUACUAUCUAAUGAAUUUGUGAUAGUAAGUCCUUAUUUUGAAAGAAAAAACGUUUUUUCGAAAGCAAACACACUUGUUAUCUCAGAAUAAUGACUUAGUAUCUCAGAAUAAUGAAAUAACAGUUUACUUAAUAUUAAGAAAAGCAUAAUAAACUGCUGGUUUAGAGUGCAUUUCUAAUAACAUUUCCUUUCCUUUUUUAUGAGCACAGUUUGUUUUCUGCAGUAUUGUCAUGUACAAUAUGGUUUAGUGAUUUAUAAUAUUCGUUCAAUGCUAGAUCUUCCAUUUCCAUUUUCAGAUACUAUCGAUAGUAAGUCAUUACUUUGAGAUACUAUCUCAUGAUUUUGUGAUAGUAAGUCAUUAUUUUAAUUUUUUUUUUUUUUUCGAAAGCAAACACACUUGCUAUCUCAGAAUAAUGACUUAGUAUCUCAGAAUAAUGAUAAUAAUUCUUAAUAAUAAGAAAACAGUGUGUUGGACUAUUUUUUGGGAAUUAAUUUUACGUGGCAGGAAUGAGCUUCCAUAUUGAGUUUACUUGGUUUAUCUUGCAUUAAGGUUUUUAUUGAAUGUCAACCAUCAAAUGACCAAUGAAUGUAUUGUGUGUUUUUUAUAUUUCUGUUUUAUUUAUAUCUUUAAGCUAACAUUUCUACACUGUUUACCUUUUCUUUUCUUUUUUCAUUGAAUAAGCAAUAUUCAAAAUUAGUUUUCACAGCAGCAUUGUUGUGGUCCCAGGUAAAAUGUGAUGCCCAAACUCUAGAAGGGUGAAGAAAACUAGCACACGCCUCCUCCGACACAUGUAAAGUCAGACUCCGCCUCUUUUUGAAUUGCUGCUGAUGCUGUAGCAUUGCCGAGUAGCAUCACUGCACAGCGCUAAUGCUCUGAGAAAAAUCUCAGCGACUCGGUUCAGAUACAUCAGCUCACAGACGCAGCCUUGUGCUGAUCCACAUCACCCUAUAGGAGUGAUGAGGGGAAAGAAGAGCACCAUCUACUGUACCCACCCAGAGAGAGCAAGAAUUACUGUGCUCUCUCAGGGCUCCGGCAACUGAUGGCAAGCUGCAUGACCGGGAUUUGAUCUUUGACCACUAUUCAGAGCACAUUCAGUUGCUGCAUAACCUGCUAAUUGGAUUAGAGCUGGAAGGUGGGAGGAGCUAUUUGUAUAUAAGCACGGACAAGGAAAACUAAUAAUCAAAUUAGUUGACCACUAAAAUAAUCAUAGUAAUAAUAGUUGCAGCCCUUUAUCUCACACCACAACAAUGCUGAUGCUGGAUUGCACUGAUGCAAUGUUUCUAGGAACUUUUAUCACCCUUAAUGUAUGCGCAUUAAUUUUUUUGUCUGCUAAUCUGGUUAUUUGGCUAUUUGGUUAUUUUUUGCAUUUAUUAUAUAAAUGUCUAAGUCUUAGCGAACAUGAUUCUUUCGUUUUUUUAUUGCAAAGCCACUUUACUAGUCUUUGCAGGCUCUUGUCCUGUGGUGAUACCACAAUUAUACUCAAUGAGGGACACUUCUGUCUGGUUUGCAUUUGCUGGCUGGUUCAGUGUUGAUUUAUUGUUGAUGUUUUAUAUCUUGUAAUAAGAUAAUGUUUUCUGCAGUUCUUUUAAAAGGUCUUUAAAGGAAUAUUUUAUUUUGUAUAUUUUGGGUUGAAAAUAAUAGUUGAGAUUCUUAUUACUAGUUCUGAUGGUUUGAUUUCAGGUAUGAAGUUAAAUUUAAAAUAAUUAAAAAAUGUAACUUCACACCUGAUAAGAUGAAUUAUAUUAUAUUUGACAGAAAUAAUGCAUAAUAAACUGCUAGUAUAGAAUGCAUUUUUAAUAACAUUUCCUUUCCUUUUUUAUGAGUGCAGUUCGUGUUCUAUAGUAUUACCAUGUACAUUAUGGUUUAGUAAUUGAUAAUAUUUGUGCAAUGCUAGGUCUUCCAUUUCCAUUUUCAGAGGGUGUAAAAACAUUUAAAAAAAAAGCAGUAAGAAAAGUUUAGACAUCACUGUGGCUUUUGCAAUAAUCACAAAAAUAGGAUAAAGAAGUUUUUUAAAUAUAAAUACUGUCAAUAAUAGGACUUUAAAAUAUUUUAAUAUAAUGCUCUUUUUCAAAAAAUCUGUUUUUGUUUUUGUAGUUCUAUGGAGAGGAAAUAUUAUGUUGGAUAAAUGUUGGGAUUCAUUUGUUGAAUAAACAUUUUUGCUCUAAUGCUUGAAA